AUGAUUAUGAAGAACAAAAAAGCACCAGCAGAAGCUGCGAAUUCCAAGAGAGAAAACACGAAUAAGACAAGCCUACUCAACUUGCCACUGGAAGUGGUGGAAAUGAUUUUCAAUCAGUUGGCUACUAAUCCAAAAACAACGGUCAUGGACUAUUACGGUUGGCUCACAGCUCUGGGAAGUUUGGACUCGCGCAUCAGCGAACUCAUCAAAAAAAGGGUUUUUGUCUACAAUAUGUGCGAAGAACCCUCAGAGUUUCUAGAAACGUUUCGUGAAUCCGCUCAAACGUCAGAUUUCGAAAACAAGGUCACACCCAGCUGCGUGAACCAUAUGAUAAUAGCCAUCGAUGAAGACAUCUUCGAGAGAAAUGCUCCAAAUCAGAUUCCAAAUGAGAUUCCACAGCUUUAUGGCGACGUUAAAGUAUACUUGGCGUACCACUACACUGGCGAUAAAAUUAGCUUGAGAAAGAUACACGAUGCAUAUGUUGACCACUUUCCUCAUGGAUGCAUGCGUCCUUGUCAUAUUAUCACAAUCGCAAGAGACUCAACAGAUCUCUUUUUCGAAGCUAAUGACGGAAAUAUGUUUGACUCUUAUUUCUAUCCAGAUGCACAGCAUUUAUUCAAAAACAUCACUUUCUUCAACGCCAAGACAAUGUUUUUCGAAGUUGAGUGCCUCUCGAGCUUUGCACAAGUGAGACAACCACAUUUAAGGUAUGAUUGUCAGAGCGGAGAAGGAGCCUAUUUCGUGAGUUUGGCAGAUGGAAAGAGAUACCACAGCUCUGGUUUUGAACACCAUGCUGCUAGAAAUGAAUAUGAAUGCGAUGAAUACGGCAUGAAACGCUCUGUCGAAAAGACCAAAACUGCCAUGAGUAGCGAAUACCGCAAACUUAUGGGAAAGUCGUAUUUGAAAUUAUAUCUAGAUCUGUCAAUCAGUUGCCCUCAGGUGAAAGUUAUAAAGUUUGGGAAGAAAGGACGAUCGAACGACGAUCUUAACACUAUAGACAUCUACCAUUAUCUCACAAACCCGUCUGAUUAUACAUUACAGGAAUUUUUCAACUUCCAUUCGAUGCGAGGGUGGCACUUACCUUCGAUUGAACACUUUGGUGGUCACAACUUUCUGUGGCAUACUAAUACCGGGGAUAACGCUGAAAGAUAUAGAAAAGCGAAGUCCUUGAUUCCAAAACUUAGGACAAGAAUUCAGAAUGGAAGCCCCGACGGCCUUCUUCAUAUCAACGCACAGCUUGUUCCAGAUGGUGCAGUUCACACAACCGUCAGCAACUGGAUUCCCUUAGAUGUUGCUUUUGACCACGAAAUCAGCAAAAGUGGAUCACCACUGAUCUGCUUGCGUCAGCCCUGCUUGAAGUCAUUGAAACUUGAGUUAAUGGUGACGAAACCGGAAGGGUGUCUAGUCAUCGAAGGUCUUUAUUUACCUCGACUCGAAAGACUAGAGACUUGUUAUGACACAGAUUUAGUACAGUCAACGGCACGAAACCCGAUAUACAAUGUUAUUUUUUCGGACUGGAAUGAUUUGACUGAUUGUAAAAACUUCAGUUGUGAUCUGAAAGAGUCUUUCAAGGGGAUCAUUAGUGUGUUUGUUCCCAAUCUGACGACUUCACUACCGCUUUUGAACAUAGAAAAAGGAACCAAGAGCCUUGAACAGAAGCAUGCAAUUUUGUUCACAAGCAAAGGCUUUCCCGCUAGUGAAAUCAGGGGAUUGCUGGACUGA